AUGGACGUGAACCGCCUGACACUGCUCUACUUCAGCGUGUCUGGGCUGGACUUGCUGGGGAAGCUGGACGACCUGGACCGGGAGCAGACCAUCGAGUACAUCUACUCCUACCAGUCGCCGCUGCCGGAUCAUGGCGGCUUCUAUGGCUGUCCCCGGGUCGAUUUCCAAAGUGCAGAGAUCGACAAGUGCAACAACCAGCCCCACAUCGCAAACACCUACGUCGCGCUCGUCAUGCUGAUCAUUCUGGGUGAUGAUCUCCGACGCGUCAACCGGAGUUCGAUUGGCCACUCGCUGCGGAAGUGGCAGCUGGACGACGGGAGCUUUUGCUGCGUGCACUGCAUCUCUAGCCUCGACAGCGAGAGCGAUAUCCGCUUCGUGUACUGCGCGGCCACAAUAUGCUACAUCUUGGACCUCUGGCAUGCCAUCGAUGUCGAGGCAAUGACUCGGUUCAUCUAUGCCUCGCAGUCCUACGAUGGUGCUUUUGGCAUGGGCCCGGGCACAGAGUCGCAUGGAGGCUGCACGUACUGCGCUGUGGCGGCGCUGCGGAUGCUGGGCCGCCUCGCAGACCUUCCCUGUAAGGACCUGUUGGUGGACUGGUGCGUCCGGAGACAGGUCUCUGGGUUUCAAGGACGCAUCGAAAAGGAUGCCGACAGCUGCUACUCCUUCUGGGUCGGCGGAUCUCUGCAACUCCUGGGCGCAGAUUUCCUCCAUCCAGACGAGUGCCUGCGGUUCCUGAAGCGAUGUGAGUCACAGCGCUUCGGCGGCUUCCAGAAGUUUCCCGAAGCGCCUUUCCCAGAUCUGCUUCACUCCUACUUCUCUGUGUGCGGCCUAUCCCUGUGCGGCCUGCUACCGCCGCUGCAUGCGCUGCUCGGCGUGUCGCAGCGCGCUGCUGACACGGUGAGCUGUACCACGGCGCCUGGUGGCACACUUUGGUCGCUUAUGCCAGGCAAUGACGCCAGCCAAGGCACCGUGACGCCGGCGACGAAACCUGAGAGGAACCACAAGAGUUCAAAACCGUUGCCACGACAAGCGGCCUUAUGUGUGUCAGUGCUGCUCGUGUCUGUCUUGCUUGCAUAUGCCCGCUCCCACCUGCAAAGUAGACCAGGUGACAACUGA